GUCGGCAGCUGACUCCGCGCGCCAAAAUCAAACCCGCGGGCCCGCCGUCCGGAGAACCUGCAAGGGGUGAGGGUUCCGCGUGCGGGUCCACACGAGCUCCGCGGUAGCGUGAGCCCCGGCGCGCGCAGUCUGCGGCACCUCCCAGCCCCCUUGCCCAACGCCCUCGGGGCCGCCACGGGCGAGGCAUGGCCACCCCCCCCAAGAGGAGCUGCCCGUCUUCCCCAGCCAGCUCAGAGGGGAACCGCAUCAAGAAAAUUUCCAUUGAAGGGAACAUCGCUGCGGGGAAGUCAACAUUUGUGAAUAUUCUUAAACAAGUCUGCGAGGAUUGGGAAGUGGUUCCUGAACCUGUUGCCAGGUGGUGCAAUGUUCAGAGUACUCAAAAUGAAUUUGAGGAAUUGACAACAUCUCAGAAAAGUGGCGGGAAUGUUCUUCAGAUGAUGUAUGAGAAACCUGAACGAUGGUCUUUUACCUUCCAGUCCUAUGCCUGCCUCAGUCGAAUACGAGCUCAGCUUGCUGCUCUCAAUGGCAAGCUCAAAGAUGCAGAGAAACCUGUAUUAUUCUUUGAACGAUCUGUGUAUAGUGACAGGUAUAUUUUUGCAUCUAAUCUGUAUGAAUCUGACUGCAUGAAUGAAACAGAAUGGACCAUUUAUCAAGACUGGCAUGACUGGAUGAAUAACCAGUUUGGCCAAAGCCUUGAACUGGAUGGAAUCAUUUAUCUUCGCGCCACUCCAGAGAAAUGUUUGAAUAGAAUAUAUUUACGGGGAAGAAAUGAAGAACAAGGCAUUCCUCUUGAAUACUUAGAGAAGCUUCACUAUAAGCAUGAAAGCUGGCUCCUGCAUAGAACACUAAAAACCAACUUUGAUUAUCUACAAGAAGUGCCUAUCUUAACACUGGAUGUUAACGAAGACUUUAAAGACAAACACAGCAGUCUGGUUGAAAAGGUAGAUUUAUACAAAGGCUAUAGAAUAAUAUUUGUUUUAUUUUGUGUAAAGUAUUCUAACUUGUGAUAAAAUAAUUUUCUAUCGAAAAAUUACAUAGACUUAUAUUAAGAGAUCUUUAAGAGUUUUAGAGGGAUUUAGGAUGUUUAGAUUCUCAUCUUAAUGUCAGCUCUAGUUUGUAGCCUUAGCUAAAAUAAGGACCUUCUUUACGCUUUAAUUUCUUUAUCUGUAAGAUAGGGAUAACCACAUUAACAAAAAUUCUUGCUCACUCCCUUCUCCUCUGCUCUAUUCCCUUUUCUUCCCCUCUUCCCCCUGCCACCAAUCUUGAAAUAAUAAUAAACUGCUUGUGAAAUUAAUCUUUUUCAACUAAGUUCAGUAUGCAGGAUGUUUGAAGUGGUAAAGUAUGGAUCUCAUCCAUUUUUAUGUUACCUAACACUUCUGUGUUUUGAUUUAUAAUCAUUUUACAUUAUUCUUUCUUGUUACUUUCAUUAGUCAUGGUAGAAGUUGGCUUUCUCUGUCAGGUAGUUUUAUAAGGCAGUAGUCUUUGUCUAUUCAAGAGAAUUGCUGUGUAGCCUAGAAUAUGUAGAGAACCGUAUCUUGUGAUGUUGGCUAGUCAGCCCGGUUCAUUCACUAUUUAGAUGACCUUUCCUCAUAUGUUAACAUUACGGUGUGUAUACGUGAUUCAGAAUUUGUGCUUCAGAAAAAUUAUAAAUUCUAUUACGUAGAUUAUAUUUGUAACCAGGACCUUUAGAUUUGUUUAAACCAUUGCAUUUAUUAAUGUUAUGAGUGGUAAAGUUACACAGGUCAGUGUUCUGUUGUAUUACAGAGAUAAUAAAAUUAGGGUUGUGGCUGUUAACUUUUUAAUAGCCUCUGAUUUUGAUUACGUCUAAGAUUACGUUUUAGAUUAUAUCUAAGAUUGAUUGUUAUGCAUCAUUCUUAGAUAUAAAUUUAAUAACUCCAGUAAUUAUAUUUUAGGGUUUGCUAAUAUUUCUUUUGAAAGUAAAGUCUGUGGCUUUGUGAUAGUUACUUAUACAGUUGAGGUCUUCAAGUGUUAGAUGCUUUUAAAUGAAAAUGAAUAUUAUGUAUCUCAAAUGACCCAAGGAAUUAUAUUAACAUUUUUUUUCCUCCCCUCAGGUAAAAGAAUUUUUGAGCACUUUGUGAUCUUUCCGAAGACUGCAGACAGCCAAAUGAGUCCAGAUACUUCAGCUCUGUAUAUCUUUAUAGCUCCAUAUUCAUACAAGUCCUCUAGAAAACCCAAGUUUUUUUAAACAAUUUUUGUUAUAAGAAUUUUUUUGUAUGAAUCCUAUACAAAAGUUUAUAACCACUUUCUUUUCUUUUUUGGGAGUUUUUAAAAACACAGACUUUGGAGUUCCCUUGUAGUGCAGCAGAUUAAGGAUCCAGCCUUGUCACUGCUGUGACUUGGGUCGUAGUGGUGGUGUGGAUUCAAUCCCUAGCCCCAGAACUUCUGCUUGCCGUGGGUGUGGCAAAAAAAAAAAAAAAAAAGAGUUUUGGAGUUCCUUCUUUGGUGCAGUGAGUUAAGAAUCUCGUGUCUCUGUGGUGGCUCCCUGCUGAAGCGUGGUUUCCAUCCCUCCCCAGAACAGUGUGUUAAGGAUCCAGUGUUGCCGCAGUUGUGACCUAGGUGACAUCUGUGGCUUGGAUUUGAUCCUUGGCCUGUGAACAUCCAUAUGCUGUUGGUAUGACAAAAAAAAAAAAAAAAAGACUUUUAAGUAUCCCUUACAAUAAGAAGUCAGGGUAGAUGGUUCCAGAAUCACAGUGGCUAAGCUCCAUCACAAAGGACCCAACCUCCUUCUCCCUUUCCCUCUAUCCUCCUCAGCAGGUUUUAUUCUGGUGCUGCUCAUCUCAUUGACCAAUUUCUUACCUGCAAACUUUAAUGUUACAUAGUAAAUGGUAAUAUGUCCUGUGUAAAUUAGUGCAUCUAUUAAAUAUAAAAAGUGCAACUUAGGGAAUCCCUGGAAAAAGAAUUAUGAGGUUUUAUAUAAAAUGCUCAGGAUCAGGUGCCUUCCCUUCCACCUUAAUUUAUGUGGAGGAUAAUGUUUCUGUACGUAAGAGAUAGUUGAGGAUUGUUACGUAAGUAUAAAGAUUCAUUUUAUUUGGUACUUAAAAUAGCUACCUGCUUUUUCCCUUCUCUGACUAUUCUUUUAGAAUGGGAUAUUACUGUUAUAGUUAAGAGAUUGACUUAAACUAUGAUUGUCCUUAAAUCAUUUGAGAUGGAAUUACAGUUUUCCUUAAAUUUCUUUCCAUUUGUAUAGAUAAAACAUUAGUGGGACGUAGUGAGGGAUAAAUUUUUCCAUCUUAUUUUUUAUUUUUUUAAUUUUUUUAAUUUUUUAGUUUUUUUGUCUUUUUGCUAUUUCUUGGGCUGCUCCCACAGCAUAUGGAGGUUCCCAGGCUAUGGGUCCAAUCAGAGCUGUAGCCACGGGCCUGCACCAGAGCCACAGCAACGUGGGAUCCAAGCCGGGUCUGCAACCUACACCACAGCUCACGGCAACGCCGGAUCAUCAACCCACUGAGCAAGGGCAGGGACCGAACCUGCAACCUCAUGGUUCCUAGUUGGAUUCAUUAACCACUACGCCAUGACGGGAACUCCCCAUCUUAUUUUUAUUGAUGCUCUCCUGGAAAUGAGUAGUCUUUCUAUACCUUUAUUGUGUGACGUCAAAAGAGAAACUGAAGGAAGACAAGAUAGAUUAACUUCUUAGCAGUUAAAUAUGUUUAGUCAGUCUCCGCUCUUAUUUCCUGCCUCAUCCUACUUUCUCUACUGUCUGGAUUAAUUAGGCAGCCUACUAUUUUAAAGUUUUUUAAAGUAAAUAAAAAGGUAAAUAGGAGUUCCCAUUGUAGCUCAGUGUGUUCAGGAAUAAGCAGAUUAUACCUAAAGGCUUUUCCCCUCCUUUAAGUUACUGAUGUAAAGAUGAUCUUGCUUUAUGUUGUAUAGCUUGAAAGCACUGUCAUUUUGUUGAUUAUAUAUUAGAAAAUACAUAUAUUAACAAAGAAGGCAAGGAGUUGUGGUUCAAGUUAAGAACCCACCUAGUAUUCAUGAGGAUGUGGGUUUGAUCCCUGGCCUUGCUCAAUGGGUUAAGGAUCCAUUGUUGCUGUGAGCUUCGGUGUAGGUUGCAGCUACAGCUUGGAUUCCACAUUGCUGUGGCUGUGGUGUAGGCUGGUGGCUUCAGCUCCAAUUCAACCCCCAGCAUGGGAACGUUUCAUUCACCUCAGGUGUGCCCUUAAAAAAAUAAAUAAAUAAAAAAAAAAUAAAGGCAAGGGGGAGUAGUUGUAAUUUUUAAAAAUCUGCAUGGAUUCAUUUAGGUCUAUAUAUAUAGAUUUGGCUUUAUCUGUAUAGAUUUUUAAAAAUUUUUGUUCAUUUAAGGUGUGCAGUGUGUUCUUUGUAUUUAACCUCUUUCUACUUGAUAUUUUAGAAAUAUUCCAUGUUUUUUUUAAUGAGGUGAAGAGUUACUUUUACUUUGAAACUACCAUUUUCUUUUUUAAAGUAUCACCUUUUGUUUUGGGUUUCUUGAUAUUCAAAGAUGAUAAUGAGUUAAACAAUUUAGAUGCACUGAUCUUUGAAAGAGACUUGGUUUCAAAUCUGUAAUUGCCAUAAGUAUAUAAAUCGUCUCAUGAUAUUGUACGGGUUUGUUUUUGUUUGAUACGAAUGAAUGUUUACUAAAUUAAAUAUUUGCUUAGUAAAUAAGUAUAAAUCUCAUGAACCAAUGGGGCUACACUCAUUGAAAUUAUUGCAUCUUUUUUAGAAUUAGAAUUUAUUCUUUUUUAUUUUCUCAUUAUUGACUGCUGCGUGGCAUAUGGAGCUCCUGGGCCAGGGAUCAGAUUUGAGCCACAAUCUCCACCUGAAUGAAGCUGCAGCAACGCUGGAUCCUUAGCCCACUGUGCCGGGCUGGGGAUUGAACCUGUGUCCAGUGCUCCCAAGAUGCCACCAAUCCUGUUAUGCCACAGUGGGAGCUCCAGAAUUUAUUCUACUUUUGAAGAAAAUUACGAAUAUAAAAAGGUUGACAGUGGUUUAUAUACAUUAACACUGACUUUAAGUGGAGACAGAUUUCAGUAAUUUUCCAUAACCUUUAAAAAUGCUUAGUUUAAUGACUUUUUAAAUCUGUAAAUUGUAAAGAAGCUGAAAAAAAGAAUUAUUAUUUAUCCUGCCUCAAAAUAAAAACUGCUUGACCAGGUGAGCACAAGGAUAUUGAGCUUAAUGUUCUGUAUUUUCUCUUGGAUCCUGUCUUCCAUAUCAGAUUAUAUUCCAUCAAAGGGUAUGUACCUCUUCUAAGAAGGUAAUUAAUUGCGCAAAAUUUAUCCCCUCGUUCUGUGUUUUCUCAUCUUCUAUGCCUGAAACUAGAACAGAGUUUACCAAGCCUUUAGAAAUCAGGUCUGUUAUAUUUUAUUUUUGUUUCUUCUUUUUCUCAGGAUUUUUAUUUUAUUUCAGUUUUAUUGAGACAUAGUUGACAUAUAGCUCUGCAUAAGUUUAAGAUAAACAGCAUAAUAACUUAUGUACAUUAUGAAAUGCUACCACAAUAAGUUUAGUGGCCAUCCGUCACUUGAUAUAGAUACAGAAUAAAAGAAAAAAAGUUUCCUUGUGAUAACUGCUUGGAUUUACUCUCUGAAUGACUUUCCUUUAUAAUAUAAGCAAUGUUAAUUAUAUUAAUCAUACAGUGAAUCACAUCCUUAGUACUUAUUUAUCUUAUAAUUGGAGGUUUGUACCUUUUAACCACCAUCGUUAAAACAAUUCCUUUGAGUUCCCUGAUGGCUCAGCAAGUUAAGGAUCUGGCAUUGUCUCUGCUGCAUCUUGGGUCACUGCUGUAGUGCAGGUUUGAUCCUGGCCAAGGAACUCCUGAAUGCCCUGGGUGCAGCCAAAAAAUUAAAAAAAAAACAACUCUCUAUCCCCUACCUGUGGUAACCACCACUCUCAUUUUUUUCUACAAAUUUGUUCUUCAAAGUAUAACUGACCCUCAGUACUAUGCUUUCUGGUACACAUAGUGAUUCAGUAUUUCUAUACAUUACAAAAUUGUCACCAUGAUAAAUUUAGCUACCAUUUGUCACCAUACAGAGAUACUCCACUAAUAUUGACCAUAAUUCGCACUAGAUAUAUUUCCUAUUCAUGAUUAGUGAUGUUGAGAAUUUUUUCAUGGGUCUGUUGGCCCUCUGUAUGUCUUCAUUGGGAAACUGUCUAUUCAGGUGCUCUGCCUAUUUAAAACAAAAACUUUUUAAAGUUUUAUUGAAGUAUAGUUGAUUUACAAGGUUUUGGUAAUUUCUGCCAUACAACAAAAUGAUUCAGUUAUACAUAUACACACAUUCAUUCUCUUUCAGAUUCUUUUCCCACAUAGAUUUUCACAGAAUGUUGGGUAGAGUUCCUUGUGCUGUACAGCGGGUCCCUGUUGGCCAAUCAUUUCAUGUAGCUCAGUGAGCAUAUACCAGUCCCAAACCCCCAGUCCACCCCUUUCUCUCCUGUUCUUUUUGAUAACAAUAAGGUGUUUUUUUUUUUUUUUUUUUUUUUUUUUUCUUUUUAAGCUGCACCCACGGUGUAUGGAGGUUCCUAUGCUAGGGGUUGAAUCAGAGCUGUAGCUGCUGGCCUACACCACAGCUCGUGGCAACACUGGAUCCUUAACCCACUGAGCAAGGCCAGGGAUUGAACCUGAGUCCUUAUGGAUACUAGUCAGGUUCAUUGACUGCUGGACCAUGAUGGAAACUUCAGCCAUAAGUUUUUCAAAGUCUGUGAGUCUGUUUUUGUUAUGCAGUAAGUUCAUUUGUAUUCUUUUUUAAGAUUCCACAUAAUAAGUGAUAUCAGAUGAUGUUUGUCUUUCGCUAACUUCUUAGUAUAGUAAUUUCUAGGUCUAUUCAUGUUGCUGCAAAUGCCAUUAUUUGUUUUUUUUUUUUAAUAGCUGAGGUCUGUUAUAUUUUAUUUUAUUUUUUAUUAUUUUUAUUUUUUUGUCUUUACCAUUUCUUGGGCCACUCCACUCUGUAACCUAUACCACAGCUCACGGCAAUGCCAGGUCCUUAAUCCACUUAGCAAGGCCAGGGAUCAAACCUGCAACCUCAUGGUUCCUAGUCGGAUUCGUUAACCACUGAGCCACAGGAACUCCCAGGUCUGUUGUAUUUUAAAGGACAAGUCCCAAAGUGUUUUUUACAUAGAGAUUUAAAUCUCAUUACCUACAGAAAAAUGCUAGAUAAGUUGCUUAAAGUAUUUACAAAUCCUGGUAGAUAAUAGCCUUUUUCAUUUGAAAAAUCUUACCUCUUAUCCUUAAAAACAUUUUUGGGGGCGAGUUCCUGUAGUGGCUCAGCAGUAAUGAACUCAACUAAUAUCCAUGAGGAUGGGGGUUUGAUCCCUGUCCUCGCUCAGUGGGUUAAGGAUCUGGCGUUGGUGUGAGCUGUGGUGUAGGUCCCGGAUGAGGCUCGGAUCCCAUAUAGCUGUGGUGUAGGCCAGUAGCUGCAGCUCCAAUUCAGCGCUUAGGUUGGGAACCUCCAUAUGCUGCAGUUCAGCCCUAAAACAAAUUUGAGAAAUGAUUUUAGACUUAACAAAAAGUUGCACAAUCAUUAGGGUUCUUUUGUAUCCCCAUGAUAGCAUUUUACUUAACCAUAGUAUAUUAUCAUGACUAGGAAACUGGUAACUAACUGGUGACUGUUAGCUAACUACAGAACUUAUCUUUAAUAGUCUUAGUUUUCUUAGAGCAGUUUCAGGUUUACAGCAGAAUCAAAUGCAGAGUUGCCAGAGUUCUCUACCCCCCCAACUUGCACAGUGUCCUCCGAUAUCUACGUCCCCUACAGAGUGAUGCAUUUGUUAUAAUCAAUGAUCCUACACUGACAAAUCACUAUUGUGCAAAUCCAUUGUUUGCAUUAGGGUUUACUCAGUGUUGUAUCUCCUAUGGGUUCUGACAAAGGAAUAAUGACAUUAAUCACCACUGUAGUAUCAUACAGAAUAGUUUCCCUGCCCCGAAAAUUCUGUGUUCUGUUUAUCCCUCCCUCCCCCUUAACCUCUGGCGAUCACUCAUCUUUUUAUUGUCUCCAUAGUUUUGCCUUUUCCAACAUGUCAUAGGGUUGGAACAUUCAGCAGGGGGCUUUUUCACUGGCUUCUUUCGCAUAGUUGUGUUUAAUUUCUUCCAUGUCUUUUAAUGGCUCGAUAAUUUAUUACUUUUUAGCAGUGAAAAAUAUUCCGUUGGGGGUUUUCUGGUGGCCUAGCAGUUAAAGAUUCAGUGUUGUCAUUGCUGUGGCUUGGGUUUGAUCCCCGGCCCAGGAACUUCUGCAAGCCAGGGGUGUGGCG